AAUAGAGCUGCGAAGAAGGCGCUCAGUUUGCAUGUAUGGGGUUCUCACGCCAGCCAUGAUCCUCCGUUUGGGGCUGUGUCCUGGGCUCACGCCUGAGAUGCUCCAGCAUCUGAAGACCAGUGGCAUCAAAACAGUGGAAGAUCUUGUUUCAUCAGAUCUGGAGGAAAUUGCCCAGAAGUGUACGUUGUCAUACAAGGCCUUAGCUGCAGUAAGGCGUAUCUUGCUGGCCCAGUUUGCCUCAUUUCCUGUCAAUGGGGCAGACCUCUACGAAGAGCUCAAAAACACCACCGCCAUCUUGUCUACCGGGAGCAAAAGCUUGGACAAGCUCCUGGACUCUGGCUUGUACACUGGAGAGGUGACUGAGCUUGUGGGGGCUCCUGGAGCUGGCAAAACUCAGGUGUGUCUCAACAUAGCUGCAAAUGUGUCCCACAGCCUCAAGCAGAACCUUCUGUACAUUGACUCCACAGGGGGCUUCACAGCCACCCGUUUGCUGCAGCUCCUUCAACUGAGGACCGAGGAUGAGCAGGAGCAGGCAGAGGCUUUGCAGAGGGUCCAGGUCAUCCGUGUCUUUAACGCCUAUAAAAUGCUGGACGCAUUGCAAGAGUUCCGCAGCAGUGCAGCCCACCAGGUCGUGAGUGCAUCUGGGCCAGUGAAAGUUCUGGUGAUUGAUUCCAUCUCCGCUGUCGUUUACCCUCUUUUGGGAAGUCGGCAGCCUGACGGCAUGGCCCUCAUGAUGCAUUUGGCGUGGGAGGUGAAAACGCUCGCCAGAGAGCUUGGAAUGGCUGUCGUGCUGACAAAUCACGUGACCAGAGACAGUGGCAAUGGCCAUCUCAAACCAGCAUUGGGUCGCUCAUGGAGUUUCGUGCCCAGCACCCGGGUGCUGUUGGAAGACGGCAAGGAAUCUUGCGGGGGAACUGGCACCUCCCGAAUUGCGUCCUUGACAAAAUGUCCUCGGCAGCCUGUUGGGAUUCGGGUAGAUCUGGAUCUGGGGAACUGGGAGCUGAUGGAAGGUGUAUCAUGAUGUCAUCUGGAGAGGGACCCUGAUGGAAGAUGCUAACGGAGGGGGCCCUGCCUCUUCAGCACAGCUGGCUCCCUUGCAGGAUGAGGACCCCAUAGGUGGAGAGAGCAACUUCAGGAGAUGUCCUACCUUGUUUUUCUAUGUACCGACAUUCUCCUGAUUACUCGUGGAAUAGCAAUAGGUGGCUACGUUGCCAUGCAAUGGUUCCACUUGGCUGUAACUUAAUGUGGAUAAAUUUCUGGUUUGAGAGGAAUAAAAAAAGGAGAAAUAGGAUGGCCAAUG